UGGCAUAUUGUUUUGUUUACACAAUUAUUUUAAUUGACCUUUUUUCGCAGUGUCGUGUGUUGAUGCGACAAGACAAAACACUGAAGAUUCGUGCCAACCACUACAUUACACCCUUUAUGGAGCUCAAACCUAACUGUGGUAGCGACAGGGCUUGGGUUUGGUCUGUGCCAGCUGACUUUGCUGAUGAAGAACCAAAGCAAGAGCUCUUUGCCAUCAGAUUUGCAAAUGCAGAGAAUGCCCGAUUGUUCAAGGAGAAAUUUGAUGAGGCCCGUGGUAUUGUGACAGUAGCAACAGUAGCGGCUCAGGAGGCAGAAGAAACAGAAGAGCAGAAAGAAGACAAAACUAAUAAAGAAGAGGUAGAGAAGAAAGGAGAUGAUGAUGGGAAGGAAUUAGGGGACAAGGUGACAGAGGAUGUCACUAAAGAAAUGGAGAAAAUGACUGUUAAGGCAGAUCAGAAAGAGUAAAUGUGAGAUGAAGCCACAAAAUUUUAUUUGCAAAAUUGUUCUCAUCUUAUAUAAUCCUUGUUAAUACCAGAAAGCUUGGCUUUUCACAGUAAUGUACUUUUUUUUUUUUUUGUAUCAUUACCUUUUUGUAGAUACCAUCAUUCCAUAUUUUAUUUAGACAUUUGUUCACAUGUGAUAAUUGAUGAACUGCAUCAGUUAUUGUCAAAAUGAUGUGCCUUGGAGGUCUUCAUUGGUGAAUGUUUCCCUAGCAUGAACUGUGAUCAGUGUGUUGCGUGUAAUCUCAGUAUGUGUGCAAAUGACAGUUAUAUCAGUAAGAGUGAAAAAUUGUGGGGAAUCUCACGAAAGCAUUCAUCUUCAUUGCACUUAAAAGGAAUUAUGUGUGAAGUUGUGGUUCUGUGCUCUUCAAAGAAUGCUAGACAGUUUAUAUCUUGGCACGAAGGUGGCAGAACAGCUAUUAGAAUUUUGUUGUUUAUUAUAGAAGUGAAUAAGUUAAACAUGUGAUGAGUAUUCUCAAACUCUGUGCUUUUACUGUUUUCUGGAUAAUGGCAUCAGUUAUCUAUUUUCUUGUCUUUUAAGAUAUGAGACAACAUACACCAUGUCUUUGAAUUUAGGGCAUUACAGAACUCAAAAUUUCUGAAAUAUUAGUGGCCUUUGGCCUUUAAUUAUAUCCAAUUUAGAUGCAGCUUUAAACUUCAGAUUCCUAGACAUGUAGCUUCACAUUUUAAUCCAAUCUGAAUGAUGAUAGAGAAAUAGACAGAUGUUGAGUGUAGUUGAUAAGCAGUUUGAGCUUUUUUCAACUAAGAUACUCGCAUGAUGCUCCACAUUUCGUAGGACAUAUCAGAUGGGGUAAUAAUUCUCUUGAAAUAUUUUGAAUUUCUUUGGGCCUUUGAAAUCAGUGGUAGGCUAUCUGUUUUAUCUAUUAUAUAUGGGAUUCCACAUUUGUUUUGUUGCUGAUCCAGCAGCCAAGUUUGUUAAAUUUCCAAUGCUCAGUGCAAUUGCAGAAUUGACUAAUAGAUAUACACUGAAUAUUUACAGUAGAGUGAGUAUCAAAUUCAAAAUAAUUUGUCAUGAAAAAUAUAUGAAUAUAUUUUUGAACAUCGACUGGCUGCUGGUUGUCUUUACUUUGAAAUAUAUCUAAUGUUAAUAUUUCAGUCAUGUUUUUCAUUCUUGUAGGACAUUAAUGAGUAGGAUCAAGAAUUAAUUGUUUGUGUUUGUUAUAUUCCAGUAACAAAAUUACUGUUUUUAAUGCAUUGCAUUUUAUUCUUUAAGCUGCAUAUUUUCAGCAAGUAAAUCCUGUAUGUUUAUAAAAGAGCAGAUAGAGCAGAUUUUCAAAAUGUGUACAAAUUAAGUUUUUCUGUUUUGUCAUUACGUGAGAAAUUCCUAAUAAUCCCCUCCGUGUGUCUAUUGCGUACUAAGACUAUUUCUUUAGUUGCUGGAAUUAGUUAUUGGCACUACAAAAAGAGGAAAUAAUAAUGUAUAUAUAUAUUUUGUUUUGUUUUGUUUAUUUUUUAUUUUUUUUUCAUUUAUUUAUUUUGUUUUUCCAAGUAAAGGAUGUGUAAUGUGUGACAUUAUAUGGGAUAUGAAAAAGAUUGGUAAUGCCAAAGUUAAAAGUUAAUUAUGCUAUAGUUAUUAUUUGACUUUUUGUUUGGUUUGUUAGAAUUAAUGUUAUAUUACAUAUCUUGAAGGAUUGUGAAAAAGCAGUAUGACUUCAGUUUGCAUUAGGUAAAUACAAUAAUACUUGACUUUAUUUUUUCUUUUUGUAUUUCCAGCUAACAGAACCUUUAGUAAUGAGUUUUCUCAAUGGUGCCUGAGGUAUUAAUGUUGUGGCGUACAUUAUUUUAAGGGAAGCCAGACAUAGUGAUAAUCAUGAAUUAAAAUAGAAAUAGGUUGUUUUCAUCUUCAGCAGCCAGUUUGGCAGCAGUAUUACCACUCACUGAACACUGGUUUUGUCUUUGAAUAGUAUGAAUAGUCUUUCUCCGUGGUAUGAAUUUAAUCUUUAUUUCACCCCUUUUAUAUAAGGGUGUUCUUGUGUACCUUCGAGUGCAUCUAUGUAAUUAUCACAGGUGUGAUUUGGAGUGCAUUGUAAGAAAACCAUCCUACAAGUGUAUUUUGUACAAGAUCUUUAUCUAUGUAUGUCUUCAUACAGAAUUAGGAUACUAAGUAAUGAAAGGUCUUGCAUGUUGCUUUGAAGCUGUGAUUGUGAUUGAAUCUUUUCAGAUCAAUCAACCUUAAAGAAGCAUAGAGUAACCUGCUAAUAAAAGAUGAAAUAACA